ACCCUAAAGCCCUGAAUAUCACCACCCAUGGAUCGUCAAAACCAGACACCGAACAUGGAAACCGAAGGAAACUCAGGUAGUUCGAGGUGGAACCCGACAAAGGAACAGAUAACUAUUCUGGAGAAUCUGUACAAGCAGGGGAUUAGGACCCCGAGCGCCGAUCAGAUACAGCACAUCACCGGUAGACUCCGCGCGUACGGUCACAUCGAGGGUAAAAACGUCUUCUACUGGUUCCAGAACCACAAGGCUAGGCAGCGCCAGAAGCAGAAACAGGAGAGCAUCGCUUACUUCAACCGCCUCAUUCACAAAACCUCCCGUUUUUUCUACCCUCCUCUUUGCUCAAACGUGGUAUGUGGAAGUCCACAUCAUAUACAACAACAACAACAACAAGGUGACUUCAAAGGUGCAUUCACUCAGCCGAACAAAGCGACGAUCACCGGAGGGUACCGGCUAAGGACAAGCUCCGAUCACAAAAAACCAGACACGUCGUCAAGAUUGUCCUGUUCUGCCCGAUUUGCCCUCGAUAAUCUACGUGAUCUCGGCCACCGAUACGAGAGUAUUAACGUAAAUCCACACGAUGAUUCCGGCGUCACGUGCCAGAAAACGCUGCCCCUUUUCCCCCUUCAGCCGUCUGAUUCGUCGCCAGGCGACGCCUCCGGUGUUGAAAAUUACAAUUCAGAUUUCGUUUUCCUUGUGCUGUUUCAGGUUGAGAGUAUUGUCCUGAGUGUCAUAUCAAUGCUCUCCAGUCCUAACGAUGAAUCCCCUGGUGGAGCCCCGCCGUACUAUGAUUUCUUCUCUGGUUCUAGUGGUUCCGGUGACGGAGGAAAGGCGUUAUAA